GGCCGCGCAGGCGCAGCGCUGACAAGAGCCGCGUCGCGCCUCUGCCUUUCCUUUCUCCCGGCUCCAAGAUGGCGGAGUACGACCUGACCACCAGGAUCGCGCACUUCUUGGACCGGCACUUGGUCUUCCCGCUGCUGGAAUUCCUCUCUGUCAAGGAGAUAUACAAUGAAAAAGAGCUGCUCCAAGGAAAACUGGAUCUCCUUAGUGAUACCAACAUGGUGGAUUUUGCUAUGGAUGUGUACAAAAAUCUUUAUUCUGAUGAAAUUCCUCAUGCUUUGCGUGAGAAAAGAACAACUGUUGUUGCCCAGCUGAAGCAGCUUCAAGCUGAAACAGAACCUAUUGUCAAGAUGUUUGAGGAUCCAGAGACUACGAGGCAAAUGCAGUCCACUAGAGAUGGUCGGAUGCUGUUUGACUAUUUAGCUGAGAAGCAUGGGUUUAGGCAGGAGUAUCUAGAUACACUCUACAGGUAUGCAAAAUUCCAGUAUGAAUGUGGUAACUACUCAGGAGCUGCAGAAUAUCUCUACUUCUUUAGGGUUCUGGUUCCAGCAACAGACAGAAAUGCUUUGAGUUCUCUUUGGGGAAAACUGGCAUCUGAAAUCCUGAUGCAGAAUUGGGAUGCAGCCAUGGAAGAUCUCACAAGACUAAAGGAGACAAUAGAUAAUAAUUCUGUCAGCUCUCCACUGCAAUCUCUUCAGCAAAGAACAUGGCUCAUCCACUGGUCUUUGUUCGUGUUUUUUAAUCAUCCUAAAGGGAGAGACAACAUCAUUGACCUUUUUCUCUAUCAGCCACAGUAUCUCAAUGCAAUUCAGACAAUGUGCCCACAUAUCCUCAGAUAUUUGACUACUGCAGUCAUAACAAAUAAGGAUGUUCGUAAACGUAGACAAGUGCUGAAAGAUCUAGUCAAGGUUAUUCAGCAGGAGUCUUACACAUACAGGGACCCUAUCACAGAGUUUGUGGAAUGCUUGUACGUUAACUUUGAUUUUGAUGGAGCCCAGAAGAAGCUGAGAGAGUGUGAAACAGUGCUUGUGAAUGAUUUCUUCUUAGUGGCAUGCCUUGAGGACUUCAUUGAGAAUGCCCGUCUCUUUAUAUUUGAGACUUUCUGUCGCAUCCAUCAGUGCAUCAGCAUUGGUAUGUUGGCAGAUAAACUGAAUAUGACUCCUGAAGAAGCAGAAAGAUGGAUUGUCAAUCUGAUCCGAAAUGCGCGAUUGGAUGCCAAAUUGGAUUCAAAACUGGGCCAUGUAGUCAUGGGCAACAAUGCAGUCUCACCUUAUCAACAAGUGAUUGAAAAGACCAAAAGCUUGUCUUUUCGUAGUCAAAUGUUGGCUAUGAACAUUGAGAAGAAACUGAAUCAGAGUGGUAGAUCUGAGGCACCCAACUGGGCUACUCAAGACUCUGGAUUCUAUUGAAACACUUCUACAGUGGGGACAAAUCUGUUUAUUUGACUAAAAACCACAUAAGUGUGUAACCUUUUUUGAGAAAAGUAAUUAUGUGUUAGAGCUUAUGUUAUUUGAAUAAAAUUGGCUACUUUUAUCAGUC